UUCUCGUACGGUACACAUCGUUAAAACGUCUGGUAACACACUUCUCAACAGCCGUCGAUAUUAACUUAUCUAGUUUACUCUUUAUUCUACCGAAGACUUGUAAUUUUACGUUUAGAUUGUAUAGUGAUGAAGUCUACUGAUGUUUCGGGAGAAAUAUUUACGAUAUCUUUGAAAAAUAUUAUUAGUAGGAUAUCUCUUUAAUCCCAUUCUGAACAUUUCAAGAAAUUGGUGUUGUAACUUAUCUCACAGCUUAGAGUCCAAAGGAGGAAACAUGUAUUUAUUUUAUACAGUUUAAAGAUAAAUGUUGGGAAUUGUUUAGAAGAUUCAUCAAUUCUAACCAUAUUGCUUCAUUUUUGAAUUAGUAAAACAACAAAAAAAUACGCAAUACCUUACAGAUAAAAAAAUACAUAACGUAUCAGACCUAUACAAAAGUGAGACUAAAGAUUUAUACUGAAGCCUUGAUACUGCUCAUCUCAACAUUUUUGAAGAUAUUGCACAUCAUUUUCAAAAAUACUUCAAAUAUUUGGUACUAAUAACAGUACAACACCUUAUAUAGGUAGAAAUUUCCGUUUCUUCAUUAGAUUUCAUGAGAUUUGCGAUUUGGGAACAGUAAUUGACAAUAGUUUUGCUUCUGCUCAAAGUUUCACCGAUUAGUGAUCAUUUUUAUCAUUUCCAGAGACGUUGGUGUGGUUUGGUGUGGUUUAUUAAAUUUAACUUUUGAUGUAAAACGUCAUACGCUUCUCUCAUUGGUUUUCGUGGCAUUUAACACUCACUUGACGCUUAACCACGGUUAUCUCAAGCGAGACGCAGGAGUUAACUUUGAAUUUGUUCGCGAAAAAGUUAGUUUGAAAUUCCGCCGUCAAGAGUGCGCUAGCGUGUGGAAUGCCUCUGCAUUCUAGUUUGUCUACGUCACGCAAGAUGGCGCAUGCGUCAAGUUCUGAAGCGCAAAUUGGUAGCAAACAGAGGAGUAGAGGUGGAAAUACAGCUGUAAAAUGGCUGAAACCCACGGCUGUGAGUAAUGUUUCUUCUAAAAAUAUGGCCGAUAAAUCACCAAAUCCUAGUAAAAAUGUGUCAAGAGUUCAUCGAUAUGGACCACGAAGGAAAUCUAAUAAGGUAGCAACAGCAGUAGUUGAUAAUCAUUGUGAAACUAGUGAUAAUAGUGCUCCAAAACCAACUCCAAAGCCAGUGACAGAGAGGUUAGUUAUUGGUGGGGAAGAUCAUGUCGUUAAAAACAGUGAACAAUCAUCGUCACCGAAGAAGACCUCGACAACUGUUGAUAAGAAAUCGCCGAGAAAGAAGAAAACUUCAAAAAUCGAUGCAGAAAUUCUAGGACCUCCCGCCCAGAGACAAGACGGAGAUGGAAGUUCCCAUUCGGACAAGGAAGAGGACCCUGAGAUUGAGGAAUUAGCAAGAUUGCGAUGCCCUAGCGAAAGGACAGAAGUUAUUGCUGAAAGAGAAAAUAGACGAAAAUCUAGACAAAGGAGAUGUGCCGAUUAUCCAGGAUUGGCCUUUGGGUCAUCUGUUUUCAGUUCUGACACUCUCAUGAAACUUAGUGUCAUCAAAAAUGAAUUACACAACAUCCUCAAUUCGCAACUAAAAAGGGCCGAGAGUGAGGUGGCCGCCCUCAACCGUCGCAUCCAGCUGUUGGAGGAGGACCUGGAGCGGUCAGAGGAGCGUCUGGCUACCGCCACCGCCAAGUUGGCUGAAGCCUCACAGGCCGCCGACGAGUCUGAACGGCAACGAAAGAUUCUUGAGAAUCGCAGCUUGGCUGAUGAGGAGCGAAUGGACGCCCUCGAGAACCAGCUGAAGGAGGCUCGCUUCCUUGCUGAGGAGGCCGACAAGAAAUAUGAUGAGGUCGCCCGUAAAUUGGCCAUGGUUGAGGCUGACCUUGAAAGAGCAGAAGAACGUGCUGAGUCAGGAGAAUCGAAGAUUGUUGAGCUUGAGGAGGAACUCAGAGUGGUCGGUAAUAACUUGAAAUCGCUUGAGGUCUCAGAAGAAAAGGCAAACCAACGUGAAGAAGAGUACAAGAACCAGAUUAAGACUCUCACCACCAGGCUGAAGGAGGCUGAAGCCCGCGCUGAAUUCGCUGAAAGAUCAGUGCAGAAGUUGCAGAAGGAGGUUGACAGACUCGAGGAUGAGCUCGUUAUUGAGAAGGAGAAAUACCGUGUCAUUGGAGAUGGUCUGGAUUUGGCGUUUGUUGAAUUAUAUGGAUAUUAAAUCAUUUUCUAUUAUAUUAAAACAAAAAAUCAUCAUUACUCCAUCAAAAUAUAUCAAAACAUGGUUAAAAUGUUGUUUUACAUCAACCGUAUAUGUCUAUAAUACUCAUGAAUUCUUUCGAUAUUAUUUUUUAUAUAUGUUUUAUUCUUUAAAUAAGACACCUAAAAUUGUAUACAUGUAUAUGGAUUAGGUUAGGAAGCCUGACCUAACAAACCCUUUGGUCUCUUUGAAGAUAUUCUAAAAUAUUUCAAAACAUUGUUCUAAAUUGAACAUAUUAAUACACAUCUAUAGUACCCAUUAUAUUCUACUUAUAUUAUUUUUGAAUAUGUAUGUGGGUUAGGUAACAUAAAACCCAUGAUCAGUACAAUAUAGUAGGUACCUACCUAAUGAUAUUAUUUUUUAGACAGUAAUAUAUGCAACUUUUCCCUUAUUCUACUGCAUUUUUUCAAAUCGUUUUGAAAGGGAAUAUAUUCUACUAUUUUUAUUUUCAUAAGUUUAUACGCCAUUGUAACUUUUUAAUCUUGAAUUUUUCUGAAAUUCAAAUUCAUUUUAUAAAAUUGAUUGAUUGAAAAAAGUUUGCUGCAAGACAAUGUAAGCAAUAUACUAGCUGGUUCUAGACCAAUUUCUUGAUUUUUAGAUGUUUCUAGAAUCAUGAGCUAUUUCUAUUUAUAUUAUUUUGUUCAUACAUCAAUCAUUUAUGAGUUCAAAUUCAACAGCUCUCUUUCCCCGCCAACUCAUUUAAAUUUUAUUUUUGUUUAUUCAACUCUAUUAUCUAUGUACUGUAUAUCCAUUCAAUUUAUGUUCACUUCCAUGGGACAUAAUAUUAUGAUAUAUGCCGCUCAUUCUAGUAAAACAUCAGUGCUAAUAGUAUAUUUAUCUAUUUUAUUAAUAGUAUUUUGUUAGUGUGUGUGUGUGCUUUCUCACAUUGGACUUUUCCUAAACUUGAAUUUUGACUCACAACACAAAUUUGUAGCUGAGUUUUGUAGCUCAAAUUUUGCAAUAUCUGUCAAUUUUAGUUUUGUUGCAAUUUCAAUUAGGAAAAUUUACAUUGAUUAAAGUAAAUUUUUGAUAGGAAAUACUCAACAUAAUAUAUAGCAAUAAAAUUGAUGAAAUCAUGUGCUUCAAGUUGCUAAUCUUAAUUAAUUUAUUAUCAUCUUAUUUUAUGUUGAAAUUGUCAUAAGUUGUUGUUAUUGCGUUAUAAUUUAUAUAUAAUAUAUAUUUAUUCAUGAUAUUUAUUAAAUUAAAAAUUGAAAACACGCACGCUGGUCGAUCUAAAUUAUUUAAAUCAAUAAAUUAUGUUUGUCAGCAAUCACUUUAACUUAUUUAUUUAUAUAUCUUUUUUAUUGAAUAUAUUAUAUCUGAUAAUUAUGUAUUUUUUCAUGUCACGCUAUUUAUUAUUAUAAUUAUUAUACCAUAUACUCCCAAUAGGCCUAAUUCUACAAACAAUUCCUAUUCUUCCCAUGAUAUUUUCAUCUUUUAUUUUUACUUAAUUUGGACAUUAUUUCUAUGCUUAUUUUAAAUGACUAUCUGUAACAAUAUGUUCAAAUUGCAAACUUUUUUACUAAUUAUUGGAUAAUAUUCGGUCAUUGUCCUCUUGCAUUAUUCCAUAAUAUAUAUCUUUAUCAUCUUGAAUUGAUGUUGAAAUAAAAGAUGAUUUUAAAAUUUUA